AUGCUCCGCGCCGACAUUCCCAUUCGAUUCAGCCGCAAGGCCAUCACCAACCGCGCAAGGGAGACACCAUCCGCUGUGCGCGCCACAGUCCCGCAACUGUGGUUCUCGUCGGCGAUCAACGAGACGUCCGCGUUGUGGGCCCACCACCCUGAGUUCUUCCACAACAACCCCAAAGCGGCCGAGCGUCUCUUCAAGGCCAUCAGGUCCAAUAACGCCGACGCCGCAAUCGCGACAGGGCUGUCGUGA